UCGAUAGAAACACCUUUGACAUCCUCAAUAGAAAUGGCAUCUUCAAUAGAAACACCUUUGACAUCAUCGAUAGAAAUAUCAUCGUCGACAGAAACACCAUCGACAUCAUCGAUAGAAAUAUCAUCGUUGACAGAAACACCAUUUACAUCCUCAAUAGAAAUAUCCUCAUCGAUAGAAACACCUUUGACAUCCUCAAUAGAAAUAGCAUCUUCAAUAGAAGCAUCAUCGACAUCCUCAAUAGAAAUAUCAUCAUCGAUAGAAGCAACAUUGACAUCCUCGAUAGAAAUAGCAUCUUCGAUAGAAGCACCAUCGACAUCCUCGAUAGAAAUAUCAUCAUCAAUAGAAACACCAUCGACAUCUUUAAUAGAAAUAUCCUCGUCGAUAGAAACACCUUUGACAUCCUCAAUAGAAAUAUCAUCGUCGAUAGAAGCACCAUUUACAUCCUCGAUAGAAAUAGCAUCUUCGAUAGAAGCACCAUCGACAUCCUCAAUAGAAAUAUCAUCAUCAACAAUAGAGACACCAUUGACAUCUUUAAUAGAAAUAUCGUCGUUUAUAGAAACACCAGUGGUAACUCGUUCCCUUACGGCAGAUAAGACCACCCCAACUACCACCCUCCCUUCCCAUGAGUCAGCACAAAGAGAUGCCAAAACCACCUUCAAACCAUCUCCUAGAGAAACUAUCCAUUUGUUCCCAACUGGUACUAAAGUUAUAAUGUUGUCAUCUGGUCUUGUUAUACCGACUGCAAGUUCGAGUAGUACUGGUACUGUUGCGACAACUUCAAGUUCUGUAAACACUACUGAUACUGAGACCACUACUACAAUAAUUGAGACCACAACUGAACUACAUGUGAACACCACUACAACACCCAUAAACACUAUUGAAAUACCAACGAACACCACCGACAUCCCAACAAACACAACAAACACAACAAACAAAACCGUAGCACCGGGUCCUUCAACUUCAACAACUGAAACCCCAGCAACCGAAGAAACAACUUCCACGAUACACGAAAGUACAACUCAUGAAGACACCACAACGGCAUCACAGGCCACAACGACAAUUGCGGAGACAUCCACUUCAAUGUCGUCGACUUCUGAACCUACCCUGCCUUACGAGAGGAAACCUGACUACACUGGAAAGAAGUCGAAUGUGAAAUAUAGUAUAAAGAUACUGCGGAAUUUUUACAACUCGAUGCCAAAGAAUGAGACAUUCGUAAGGAUCACAAAAGAAGAGAUCAACGCGUUUUUUGAAAUCCUGCAAUAUUUCGAUUCUAUUACCGUACGCAACAUUACAGCUGGAAGCGUUAAUGUUGACUUCACUAUUUCAAUGGACCUGCUAACCGUCAUAAAGCUACAGGAGGCCGACCCUCUUUUCGGUGCUAACAGGGAUCUGAAUGACCGAGUCCUACUGCCCUACUUCACCAACGAGUCCACGAAGAUUGAGGGUUACCCCUUGGACCUUGGGUUCAGCAGGCAUGCGUCCGCAGCCCUCUUAGCUGACAUUUUCGAUGUGUGCAACUUGGAGUACAUCUGUCCACCUGGUUACACCUGCCUGAGCUACAAGACGGCCAUUCCUGGUCGCAUCAGCGCAGUCUGUCGGGACAAGUGCGUGGCUUUCAGGUGUGGAGGAGGGAUGUGUUUCAUUGACGGGAAUGGCGAUCCAAGAUGUAGGUGUAAUCAAGACGACCAGUUCUACUACACAGGAAGCCACUGCGAGAUCCAGAAUCCCCUGCUCUCGCGAGACGACGAGACUUUGAUCAUCAUCCUGUGCGUCCUUGGUGUGCUGAUGGCCAUAGCUUUCCUCAUCUGCGUCUGUUUCUGCUAUCAAAGGUCAAGGGAGGGAAAAUUGAAGAUAAUUACCCAGGAGACCCCAUCUAUCGGGAUUGAGGGGAUCUAUUCCAGAAUGGAGGGAAGGUAUGUGCCGCCAUCUGUGAAGCUGCUUGAUGUGACACAGCCGAGUUACUGGAGGGAGCAGGAAACGCGUAGGAGGAGCCAGGUAUAG